CUAGAUGGAUAAGAUAUUCAACGUUCUCGCGCAGCACAGACUGGAGUCCUACUACAAUCAAUUCCUCACUUUGGGUGUCCAAGAUGAGAGAGAUUUCAUUGAUGGCGUAAAUGGUGAAGAUUUAGACAAAAUGAGUAAGGUCACAGACAUGUAACUGACUCAAUGACACCAUAUUGACACUGUGUAGUUCUUAGCUAGACGAGCCUUGAAUCAGGUUCCAUUUAACAUCAUAGCCAAGAGUGAUUUAUUCUUAUACCAACCCAUGUCGUUAUAGACAAAAAUGCUAACACACAAUCAGUCUCAACCUGUUUUUAUUGCAUGUCUGAUGUAGUUGGCCUACAAUUGCUAGUUGCUAUCAAGCUGACUAACCUACUGGUGAAAAUCAGAUUAAUCACAGUUUUGGUUUCAUUGUGAAUGUAUCGCUGCAACAGAAUGAAUGAAUUAUAUAAUAAUAAAUUAAUAAGAUAUUAAUAUAUAAUAUACUAAAGACUGGCAGUAAAGGGUGCAUCACAAAGUACAAGAUGAAUAGGGGGUCAAUGGAUAUUUCACUUUAAAGUCCUAGUUUUUAUGGCCUCAAUCCGAAUAAUAAGAUCUAGGUUUGACAUUGUGACAAUGUUUCAUUUAGUCAUAACAUGUAAAAAAUUGUUCUUGUACUAUUGGGCCCCAUUCAUUUUGCACUUGUUUGGUUGAACUUAUUUGCCAUUGUGGGGCACACAUCAGCAUACAAUGGGAUUAUUAGCAAACUGCAUGGCUGGUCCAAAAGGGACUGUGGUUACAGUAUUUAUGUUUUUGCUAUUUUGUGUCGGUUUCAUAACCUUAUUGCCAAGUAAUUUUUGUUAUAACAGAUUUCAGUCAAGUAGAAAAGAAUCGCUUUGAAAAAAUGAAAGAUUUCAUCCAACGACUCAGAGCGCCACAACAAGCGAUGCCUGUACAGAAAUCAAUGGAGUCUUUCCAUCUGCGGUACACAUACCCCCACUGUCCUGAGCCAAAAGACAUCAGAGGUGAGACAUAGCAGUAGGUCUUAUAGGAAAGAGGAGAGCAUUUUAUUCAAAGGGAUUCUAAAACUCAUAUCAAAACCAUAAAAUCACUAAUAGUCAUUAUGCCCCUCUUUGUGGCAUGCCUCAUGUUUGACUAUAUUUUGAAUGCAGACAUGGAUCCUGCCCAAAACACAGUUGAAGAUCUGAUGCUAAGGAUUUGUCACCAAGAGGCCAUUGGGAAUUCCAAAGCCGUGUGCCUCUACACCAUUGAGGGAAUGCCUUUAACUGAUGAUCCUUUCUUCAACACAUGUAAGUAUGCCAGAUAUAGUAUGCUUUUUUAAAUACCCCAUCAUGAAAACACAUUCACAUUCAUGACUAAAUAGGGUAUUCUUUCAUAAAGAAAAAAAAAUGUUGUGACUUGCUUCAGCUGUCCAUAAGUAUUUUAUGUUAGUUUAAGUAGUUUAGAAGUUUAAAUUGUUAGAGGCUAGUGUUGAAAAUGUGAGGCUAGUAUAAUAGUGACUGUGUUAUAAAUGUUAAUUACGUUUAUUUGAACAGGGACAAAAAAAACAUACAUCUCAGUAAGACCUCCUGUAGCUCAGUUGGUAGAGCAUGGCGCAUGCAACGCCAGGGUUGUGGGUUCGAUUCCCAUGGGGGGAAUGAAUUCACUCUGGAUAAGAGCCUCUGCUAAAAUGAACCCCCCCCAAAAGAAAGUGAAAUUGUGUUUUAACGGAUUUAGAUAACAGCUAAUUCCAUCUGCAAUGGGAUCGUAGCCUUCAGUGACUGUAACCCAGAAGUAGUACCUACAUUUUCAUACUGGUCCCCCGUGGGAAUCAAACCCACGGUGGUCCUCUGUAGCUCAGCUGGUAGAGCACGGCGCUUGUAACGCCAAGGUAGUGGGUUCGAUCCCCGGGACCACCCAUACACAAAAAUGUAUGCACGCAUGACUGUAAGUCGCUUUGGAUAAAAGCGUCUGCUAAAUGGCAUAUUAUUAUAUUAUUAUAACCCUGCCGUUGCAAGUACCAUGCUCUACCAACUGAGCCACACGGGACCUUAGUACUAGUAGUAGUAGGAGUGACUGUGUUAGAAGUAGGUCUUACAGUAGUGCCAGUUACUGUUGAGUAGGGCAGCUGGGUAAAGUUCAUGAUGCCGUUGACCUUAACAAGGGCCCCAGGACCAGUGGAAGCUAAAUAGCCCCAUAACAUCAAAGAUCCACCACCAUAUUUUACAGCAGGUAUGUAUUUUUUUUCUGCUCAUGCAUUCUCAUUUCGAUCCCAAACCCACCACUGGUGUGUGUGGCAAAAUAGCUCUAUUUUCAUGUCAUCCAACAAAUGUAAACACCUGGAGUUUGCUAAACAGCACUAGCACUUGGAUUGGAACCUGUGCCUUGGUCAGAUGACAUGAAAAUAUAGCUCUUUCGCCACACACACCAGUGGUGGGUUUGGCGUUGAUAUGAGAAUGCAUGAGCAGAAAAUAACCCCAUACCUACUGUAAAAUAUGGUGGUGGAUCUCUGAUGUUAUGGGGCUAUUUAGAUUCCACUGUUGAGCAGACACGUUUUUAGCAGGGGUUGGAUUUUGUUUUGCCAUUUAUGAGCAUAUUUCAUGCAAUUCUAUGUCAUUUACAUAAUAGAAGUAAAAUGGGGCUAUGCCUUAGCUUCCUUUAUAUUGUGUUAAUAUUAAUAUCAUACAGUGGACGCCUAAGCCUAAAGGCCUAUGCAUGCAAUGCCCUGAUGCGUUUCAGCUAAACUCUCUGACAGCUGAACCAUGAGCUGGACAAUUAUUAUUUUAGGAAAGUAAAAACCAAUAAAACAAUAGGCUAUAAAGUUUUGUAUAUGCUACAUAUUGAAACAUAAGGAAUAGAGUUUUUGUAAUUUGUUAUAGGCUGUUUUUAAGGGUAGGUAAAUGUGGCUCAUUUGGCUAAUAUCCUUCGUUUAUUGAUGGUGCUGGCUGUGUGGGGUGGACGCCCUAAUUGGUUACACACCCAAAGCAAAUGAAUGAGGGUACAUUUCUCAAAUGUCCGAUAAAUUUAUAUCUUCCCAGUCACUUGUCCAGCGCCAAAUUUCCUAACGGAAACCCUGCUAUAUAGUCUAUAUACAGUUGAAGUCGGAAGUUUACAUACACUUAGGUUGGAGUCAUUAAAACUCGUUUUUCAACCACUCCACAAAUUUCUUGUUAACAAACUAUAGUUUUGGCAAGUCGGUUAGGACAUCUACUUUGUGCAUGACACAAGUAAUUUUUCCAACAAUUGUUUACAGACAGAUUAUUUCACUUAUAAUUCACUGUAUCACAAUUCCAGUGGGUCAGAAGUUUACAUACACUAAGUUGACUGUGCCUUUAAACAGCUUGGAAAAUUCCAGAAAAUGAUGUCAUGGCUUUAGAAGCUUCUGAUAGGCUAAUUGACAUAAUUUGAGUCAAUUGGAGGUGUACCUGUGGAUGUAUUUCAAGGCCUACCUUCAAACUCAGUGCCUCUUUGCUUGACAUCAUGGGAAAAUCAAAAUAAAUUAAAUUUUAGUCAUUUAGCAGACGCUCUUAUCCAGAGCGACUUACAGUUAGUGAAUACAUUUUAUUAAUUUUUUUAUACUGGCCCCCCGUGGGAAUUGAACCCACAACCUGGCGUUGCAAACGCCAUGCUCUAUCAACUGAGCUACAUCCCUGCCGGCCAUUCCCUCCCCUACCCUGGACGACGCUGGGCCAAUUGUGCGCCGCCCAUGAGUCUCCCGGUCGCGGCCGGCUGCGACAGAGCCUGGAUUCGAACCAGGAUCUCUAGUGGCACAGUUAGCACUGCGAUGCAGUGCCUUAGACCACUGCGCCACUCAGGAGGAAUCAGCCAAGACCUCAGAAAAGCAAUUUCUUUGUCCAUUAAAAUGAUCAGAAAUACAGUGUAGACAUUGUCAAUGGCUAUUGUAGCUGGAAACGGCAGAUUUUUUAAGCAUUACUAUUUAGCACACGCUCUUAUCCAGAGCAAUUAGUGUUAAGUGCCUUGCUCAAGGGCACAUCGGCAGAUUUUUCACCUAGUCUGCUCAGGGAUUAGAACCAGUGACCUUUUGGUUACUGGCACAACACUCUUAACCACUAAGCUACCUGCCGCCCCCAAGCGACCCCAAACUUUUGAAAGGUAGUGUAUAUAUAAUAUAAUUUGAGGUAAAAUGACAUGGAAGAUCUCUUGUGUUGACAAGCAUCUUAUAUUACAACCAUUUUAGGGUCUUUGAAAGACAGGCACAUUGAAAAUGGAAGUGAGCUUUACGCCAUAUUUACACCCAAGGAGAACUUGAAACAAGCUCCCCAAAUGCCACAACGAGAGAUGACUGACAUCUCAGGAGAGGAGAAUGUUCGAUGCCACAUUAUGCUCAAGGUGAAUUCAUCACAUUAUUGAAAAAUUAUUUAUAGCUGUUUAGCUGUAUCUAAAACUGUGAUUAUAACUCCUUACUUUUCAAAACCUGUAUGUAUUAUGAAAGGGUGUAAUACCAGAGGGGUAUACUACAGCACUGGCUAGAUCUAUUCUGGAUGUUCUAAAGCUAGCUAGCUUCAGUUAGCUUCGCAUUCCAAUUUAUGCUUCAUGGAUAUCACAAAGGUGGAUAUUGAUCUAACACCUGCUGCUAACACAAACCAGGCUUGGAACUGCAUGUGCAUGUUGCGUGUGCAUUGCUUGCUGUUUGGGGUUUUAGGCUGGGUUUCUGUAUAGCACUUUGUGACAUCUGCUGAUGUAAAAAGGGCUUUAUAAAUACAUUUGAUUGAUUGAUUGAUGUGGAUAGCCCAGCGAGUCGAACGCCCAUAACUUCAUACAAUGCUCAAACAGAAACCCAUUGUCGAGCCAAUGCCACCUUUUUUUUGUUGUUGGUAGAAAUCAAAAUGAAAGAAAGGCUGUCCUAUAAAGGAUAAAGUGGAGUUAGCUUGCCACGGAGCAGGUUAGAGCUGAAAGAUUUGUUGCCAUAGAAAUGUACCUAGCCAAAAGGUGAGCCUGCUUUGCGUCAAUGGUUAUCCAGAGUUUAAGAGUUCACCAAAGUUAGCUCGCUAACUCCUCUAUCCCGCUACGUGGUAUAGCCCUCUGGUAGCAACUAAGGUGUCUCUGUAAAUAAUGUCUGUCAAUUAUUGAAUAUACUGUACUUUUCAUCAACAGGGAGACUAUGAGGUCAAGGUGGACUUGGAAAGUGACACAAUUAGAGUCUUGAGACAAAAGCUCUCUAAUGAAAGUGGAAUCCCAGCACAUGUCCUCCUUUAUAAGUAAUGUCGUGCAUAUAUAAUUAUGAUUUAAUCAUUAAUGAAUACAUUUAAUAACAGAAAAAAUGAUGUCAAUUAAUAAACCACAGCGCAUCUUAUAAUUUGACCAUCUAUAGUUUCAAUACAACUUUUUUCUAAUAUUGACCUUUUUGCAGAGGUGAACACGGUGAAACUUUGCAAGAUUGUGGAAUCAAUGAGGAGACAACUGUUCACUUCUCUUUGUCCUCCUUCCCCGAUGAAAAGCCAGACAACAUGGAAUUCUACUUGAAUGAUGUUGUACCCUCAGUGCAACAAACCCAGAAAGGACUCAGUGCUUUCUUUUCUUCACUAUAUACCAUUGUGAGAUAUUCAGAUAUUUACAUCGUCUUGUUACAGUCAUUUUGACCAUGACGUGGUAAUCAUUUAUUAACACUUCAGAUGUUUGUAUUACCAUGUUCAGGUAAAGAGUGCUACAGUGUUCCUUUGCUUGUGUUAUUGGAUUUUCAAUGUACAGUACCUUGCCCCAUCCAGCCAACCCAUCAUGCAUUAAAUGAUCUUCCCUAAUAUCCUUACAGAGUGUUAAACAUUCUGGAGAGGGAUUCAAGAAAGUGAAUGCAUACAUUCGAAAGCUCAGUGGAUGUAAUCCCCUGGCGCAAAGUUUGCAUCAGCUGUUGGGCAGAAAUGAAAGUGGAAGUAGGACCCAGAAGGUGAUGCAUAUUUUGUCACACAAAUGUACUGUACACAUACGAUAUCAUGUAAGUCCACAAAUAGAUUCAUAACAUGUAUUUGUUUUAGAUUGCCAUUGUUGAAGGAUUGUACACUCUCUUCAGAGAGCUGUUGCCAAGCCUCAAUAAAAAAAGAGGUGACAAGAUCAUUGAAGACCCUGACGUUUUUGAGAAUGCACCAGUUUGCUGGGCCUACCUGAUGUCUAAAGCAGAGGUAUACCCAUUGUUUUUUGAGAUACCAUUGAUAACACAUUAUGGAUCUUAUUGUAUUACACGUUAUAAAAUGUUUUUAAUGGGGAACUGAGAUACUGCACCUCUAUUUGUUUGGCAUUUAACAUAUAAUUCAGACCAGGUACAUGACUUCACAGGUCAGAAUUAAACAUUACUCAAACAAAUUACCCUAAUAUGUAUCUGUUUUCUAUCUCUCUGUCUACCCUAGAAAGAGAGUUCACAACAUGAGGUCUUUGCACCGAUAAAUUUGACCUCUCAACAAGGAGUACGCUUUUGCGACCCAGUUCAUGUACCUGGAUUACCAGAUGUCUUUGAAAGAGAGUAUGUCAUACAGACAAUUAAAGGUAAAACAUCAGUAGUUGUGGGUAUUUAUAAUAUGCACAGCUCUGUGGGCACAAUAUAAUUUCAGUAACAUCUACAUGUGGCACAAUGACCAAUAGUACUGGCCUGAAAUCCAGAACCUGUUUUGUGCUUACAUGCCACAACCAGUACUCUGUGUGAUGCCAAACAUGUUCGGCAUAACAAGGAGUGGCAACAUUUACAUUUACGUCAUUUAGCAGACGCUCUUAUCCAGAGCGACUUACAAAUUGGUGCAUUCACCUUAUAGCCAGUGGGAUAACCACUUUACAAUGUUUUUUUUUUUUUGGGGGGGGGGGGGGGUGGGGUGGGGUAAGGGGGGGGGUAGAAGGAUUACUUUAUCCUAUCCCAGGUAUUCCUUAAAGAGGUGGGGUUUCAAAUGUCUCCGGAAGGUGGUGAGUGACUCCGCUGUCCUGGCGUCGUGAGUGAGCUUGUUCCACCAUUGGGGUGCCAGAGCAGCGAACAGUUUUGACUGAGCUGAGUGGGAACUGUGCUUCCGCAGAGGUAGGGGAGCCAGCAGGCCAGAGGUGGAUGAACGCAAUGCCCUCGUUUGGGUGUAGGGACUGAUCAGAGCCUGAAGGUACGGAGGUGCCGUUCCCCUCACAGCUCCGUAGGCAAGCACCAUGGUCUUGUAGCAGAUGCGAGCUUCAACUGGAAGCCAGUGGAGUGUGCGGAGGAGCGGGGUGACGUGAGAGAACUUGGGAAGGUUGAACACCAGACGGGCUGCGGCAUUCUGGAUGAGUUGUAGGGGUUUAAUGGCACAGGCAGGGAGCCCAGCCAACAGCGAGUUGCAGUAAUCCAGACGGGAGAUGACAAGUGCCUGCAUUAGGACCUGUGCCGCUUCCUGUGUAAGGCAGGGUCGUACUCUCCGAAUGUUGUAGAGCAUGAACCUACAGGAUCGGGUCACCGCCUUGAUGUUAGCGGAGAACAACAGGGUUGUUGUCCAGGGUCACGCCAAGGCUCUUCGCACUCUGGGAGGAGGACACAACAGAGUUGUCAACCGUGAUGGCGAGAUCAUGGAACGGGCAGUCCUUCCCCGGGAGGAAGAGCAGCUCCGUCUUGCCAAGGUUCAGCUUGAGGUGGUGAUCCGUCAUCCUCACUGAUAUGUCUGCCAGACAUGCAGAGAUGCGAUUCGCCACCUGGUUAUCAGAAGGGGGAAAGGAGAAGAUUAGUUGUGUGUCGUCUGCGUAGCAAUGAUAGGAGAGGCCAUGUGAGGAUAUGACAGAGCCAAGUGACUUGGUGUAUAGCGAGAAUAGGAGAGGGCCUAGAACUGAGCCCUGGGGGACACCAGUGGUGAGAGCAUGUGGUGCGGAGACAGCUUCUCGCCACGCCACUUGGUAGGAGCGACCGGUCAGGUAGGACGCAAUCCAAGAGUGAGCCGCGCCGGAGAUGCCCAGCUCGGAGAGGGUGGAGAGGAGGAUCUGAUGGUUCACAGUAUCAAAGGCAGCAGACAGGUCUAGAAGGACAAGAGCAUGGGAGAGAGAGUUAGCUUUAGCAGUGCGGAGAGCCUCCGUGACACAGAGAAGAGCAGUCUCAGUUGAAUGACCAGUCUUGAAACCUGACUGGUUUGGAUCAAGAAGGUCAUUCUGAGAGAGAUAGCAAGAGAGUUGGCUAAAGACGGCACGCUCAAGAGUUUUGGAGAGAAAAGAACGAAGGGAUACUGGUCUGUAGUUGUUGACAUCAGAGGGAUCGAGUGUUGGUUUUUUGAGAAGGGGUGCAACUCUCGCUCUCUUGAAGACGGAAGGGACACAGCCAGCGGUCAAGGAUGAGUUGAUCAGCGAGGUGAGGUAAGGGAGAAGGUCACCGGAGAUGGUCUGGAGAAGAGAGGAGGGGAUAAGGUCAAGCGGGCAGGUUGUUGGGCGGCCGGCCGUCACAAGUCGCAAGAUUUUAUCUGGAGAGAGAGGGGAAAAGAAGUCAAAGCAUAGGGUAGGGCAGUGUGAGCAGGACCAGCAGUGUCAUUUGACUUAACAAACGAGGAUCGGAUGUCGUCAACCUUCUUUUCAAAAUGGUUGACAAAGUCAUCCACAGAGAGGAGGAGGAUUCAGCAGGGAGGAGAAGGUGGCAAAGACCUUCCUAGGGUUAGAGGCAGAUGCUUGGAAUUUAGAGUGGUAGAAAGUGGCCUUAGCGGCAGAAACAGAUGAAGAAAAUGUAGAGAGGAGGGAGUGAAAAGAUGCCAGGUCCGCAGGGAGUCUAGUUUUCCUCCAUUUCCGCCCGGCAAGGAGUGAAAGGAUAGCUAAACAGACUGGUACUCAGGCUACAAUAGUACCCUACUAAUGGGAAACUGCUCUGCACUACUUGAUUCUACAGUACAUCAAAAGUGUCAAAUGCCAUCAUAUCAUGUACCAAAUUCCAUAACGCAAGAUCAAUUGGCUGUAGAGUUUAAGCAUUGGUUUUGAAUCAAUUGCUGUGACAUGAUUGGCUCACUGCAGCCAUAAUGUUAAACGUAGAAACGUGUUUGCUAAAACUUUGGCAUGUUCCUUCAGUAUUAAGAAUUACAGGCCUUUCUAUAGAGCGUGUAUUUUAAUUAUUAGUCAAACCCAGAACUAAUAGCAGGUAAUAAUAUCUUGCUUUUUGUAAACAGAAAAAAGUAUCACUUUUGAUAUGUGAAUUCAACUUUGACGUAUACAGUAGUUUCAUGAUCAAAUGUUGUAAUUGCAUGAUGUGUUUGCAUUAUGUGUUUUACCAUUGCUAAGAUGGAGAAAGAAUCCCAAACUGCUCUGCUGAGAUCUUGAGAGAAACUUCAAUGUGGAGAGCUACCGAUGUUGAAAAGAUUUUACUCAGUCUGCCUCCAUCCAUCAAAACAUUCCCUGUUUGGGUUUCAUAUGGACUUGUGACUGGUCAAAAGUAAGAUUCGUUCAUUGUAUCAUUGAAUACUGUAUCUGCAUUGAUAGUGUAAUUGGUAAUUCAUGUUUUAUUGUUUAAUCAAAUUAAAGCUUUCAGAUCAAACUAGAUGAGACAUUUGCCAAGAUGACUGAAGAAGUGAAAGCAUACCCUCACCUGACAGUCACUCCACCACUGCAGUUGAAGAGUAUAGGAGUGGAUGGGCCACGUCUCGUUCUUUUGAAAGAAGGUAGGCUACUGGGCUUUGUGCCUACUAGUUAAUGUCUUGGUACGAUGUAUCAUUCAUGUUUGAGAUUAUUAUGUUCAUGGAAAGUCCUAUAACGUGGUGUUCGCUCAUUGUUGCUUAGGCCUAUGCAAAUUAAUGUGCACAAUUCAUUCACAUUGCAGCAGAAUCAUCGACGUCUUUGGUUCAUCAGACAGCAAAAUAUGAUACACUGCAUUUACAGCUAGCACUUUCACAUACUGCAUGAGUCAGUUUAUGACAUGCUGGUUAUUGAAGCGUGUAUUUUAUUUAUUUUAUGGGAAUAUAAACUUUUUGUAGCAUUUUAGUUUAUAGUGCUGAAAUAAGGGAAAGGAAAGGGGGAUACCUAGUCAGUUGCACAACUGCAUGCAUUCAAUUGAAAUGUGUCUUCUGCAUUUAACCCAACCACUCUGAAUCAGAGAGGUGCGGGGGGUUGCCUUAAUCGACGUCCACGUCAUCGGCGCCCAGGGAGUAGGCUCGUAAUUUACAUAAUAAUGAGUUAAGUGUAGUCAAUAACAACACGGUAAGGACUGGAUAACUAUGCACAACAAGCAAAGACCCAAAAGGUACAUUCUGAGGUUGGCCCACAUACAUUGUAAGUAUGAUGUAGUUCCUCAAACGAUUCUGUUCAAUAACCAGUCUUUCUACGAAAGUUCCAAGUACAUUCUUAAUAAGUACGGUGCUGCUGAGAAGAGGUGAAAUGGCCAUAAAUAUUUAUUACAUACAGUGAGGGAAAAAAGUAUUUGAUCCCAUGCUGAUUUUGUACGUUUGCCCACUGACAAAGAAAUUAUCCGUCUAUAAUUUUAAUGGUAGGUUUAUUUAAACAGUGAGAGACAGAAUAACAACAAAAAAAUCCAGAAAAACGCAUGUCAAAAAUGUUAUAAAUUGAUUUUCAUUUUAAUGAGGGAAAUAAGUAUUUGACCCCAUCUCAAUCAGAAAGAUUUCUGGCUCCCAGGUGUCUUUUAUACAGGUAACGAGCUGAGAUUAGGAGCACACUCUUAAAGGGAGUGCUGCUAAUCUCAGCUUGUUACCUGUAUAAAAGACACCUGUCCACAGAAGCAAUCAAUCAGAUUCCAAACUCUCCACCAUGGCCAAGACCAAAGAGCUCUCCAAGGAUGUAAGGGACAAGAUUGUAGACCUAUUCAAGGCUGGAAUGGGCUACAAGAUCAUCGCCAAGCACCUUGGUGAGAAGGUGACAACAGUUGGUGCGAUUAUUCGCAAAUGGAAGAAACACAAAAUAACUGUCAAUCUCCCUCGGCCUGGGGCUCCAUGCAAGAUCUCACCUCGUGGAGUUGCAAUGAUCAUGAGAACAGUGAGGAACCAGCCCAGAACUACACGGGAGGAUCUUGUCAAUGAUCUCAAGGCAGCUGGGACCAUAGUCACCAAGAAAACAAUUGGUAACACACUACGCCGUGAAGGACUGAAAUCCUGCAGCGCCCGCAGGGUCCCCCUGCUCAAGAAAGCACAUAUACAUGCCCGUCUGAAGUUUGGUCAGAUGAGUCCAAAAUCGAGCUCUUUGGCAUCAACUCAACUCGCCAUGUUUGGAGGAGGAGGAAUGCUGCCUAUGACCCCAAGAACACCAUCCCCACCGUCAAACAUGGAGGUGGAAACAUUAUGCUUUGGGGGUGUUUUUCUGCUAAGGGGACAGGACAACUCAAAGGGAUGAUGGACGGGGCCAUGUACCGUCAAAUCUUGGGUGAGAACCUCCUUCCCUCAGCCAGGGAAUUGAAAAUGGGUCGUGGAUGGGUAUUCCAGCAUGACAAUGACCCAAAACACACGGCCAAGGCAACAAAGUAGUGGCUCAAGAAGAAGCACAUUAAGGUCCUGGAGUGGCCUAGCCAGUCUCCAGACCUUAAUCCCAUAGAAAAUCUGUGGAGGGAGCUGAAGGUUCGAGUUACUAAACGUCAGCCUUGAAACCUUAAUGACUUGGAGAAGAUCUGCAAAGAGGAGUGGAACAAAAUCCCUCCUGAGAUGUGUGCAAACCUGGUGGCCAACUAUAAGAAACGUCUGACCUCUGUGAUUGCCAACAAGGGUUUUGCCACCAAGUACUAAGUCAUGUUUUGCAGAGGGGUCAAAUACUUAUUUCCCUCAUUAAAAUGCUAAUCAAUUUAUAAAAAUUUUGACAUGCGUUUUUCUGGAUUUUUUUGUUGUUAUUCUGUCUCUCACUGUUCAAAUAAACCUACCAUUAAAAUGAUAGACUGAUAAUGUCUUUGUCAGUGGGCAAACAUACAAAAUCAGCAGGGGAUCAAAUACUUUUUUCCCUCACUGUAACUUGUACUUAUUAGCCUCUAUUAUUUAUAGUUUUUAAGUAACCAAUCAUUAUUUCUACAUAACAACCAGGAAAAUGCAUCACACUUUAUAUCUGUACUUAGCAGCUAAAUACUAACUAUGAAUGGGUUAUUACCACAUUGUUACCUUGUUGUUGCCAUCUUAUUUCCCUGUUGUUUCCUCUUACUUCCCAGUCAUUGCCCUAUUAUUUCAGCACUGUAAACUAAAGUGCUAACAAAUGUUUUUAUGGGAAUCAUUGCGUUUGGUGUUUUGCUAUUUUAAAUGCUGGCCUAUUGUUGUCCUUUGAGUGGUUAGCAGGAUAAUUAAUUGUUAGUGGUUUUACAGAUAACCUGGGUGUUUACAUCGAAAAAGCCAAAGCAUCUCCUCAGGAUUUCGUUGUUUUUGAUUGCUUAGCUGGGAAACUCAAAACGUUGAAUGUGGACGAAUUGGCACAUGAGUAAGUACUUAUAAUAUGAAAACGAGUCAAACAUUCUGUUUGAAACGAUAUGAAGCUUCACAAUUACAGGUUGGGCAGUUUAUGAACAUGGAUCAUAUUGAUAAUGAGUUCAAUUAAUGGACGUAACUAUAAUCUCCAUCAUACCCCUUCAUGGCUUAUUGUAUGUUUUUCAUUUCUCUGUAGAAUGAGAGACACCAGAAGUGACCAGACCUUCAUGACCACCAGGACUCCUAAAGAGGCAAUAUUGGUAAUUUAUGAUAGAUUAUAUUUGAAUAUGCAGUACAUUUGGAAAGUAUUCAGACCCCCCCCCCCCCCCCUUCCACAUUUUGUUAUGUUACAGUCUUAUUCUAAAAUGGAUAAAAUAAUUUUUCCCCCCUCAUCAAUCUACACACAAUACCACAUAAUGACAAAGCGAAAACAGGUUCUUCGAAAUUUUAGCAAAUUUUUAAACACAAAAAACAGAAAUACCUUAUAUAAAUAAGCAUUCAGACCCUUUGCUAUGAUACUCAAAAUUGAGCUCAGGCGCUUCCUGUUUCCAUUGAUCAUCCUUGAGAUUUUUCUACAACUUGAUUGGAGUCCACCUGUGGUCAAUUCAAUUGAUUGGACAUGAUUUGGAAAGGCACACACCUGUCUAUAUAAGGUCCCACAGUUGGCAGUGCAUGUCAGAGCAAAAAUCAAGCCAUUAAGUCGAAGGAAUUGUCCAUAGAGCUCCGAGAUAGGAUUGUGUUGAGGCACAGAUCUGGGGAACGGUAGCCAAAAAUGUCUGCAGCAUUGAAGGUCCCCAAGAACACAGUGGCCUCCAUCAUUCUUAAAUGGAAGAAGUUUGGAACCACCAAGACUCUUCCUAGAGCUGGCCACCCGGCCAAACUGAGCAAUCGGGGGAGAAGAGCCUUGGUCAGGGAGGUGACCAAGAACCUGAUGGUCACUCUGACAGAGCUCCAGAAUUCCCCUGUGGAGAUGGGAGAACCUUCCAGAAGGACAACCAUCUCUGCAGCACUCCACCAAUCAAGCCUUUUUGGUAGAGUGGCCAGACGGAAGCCACUCCUCAGUAAAAGGCACAUGACAGCCCACUUGGAGUUUGCCAAAAGGUACCUAAAGGACUCUCAGACCAUGAGAAACAAGAUUCUCUGGUCUGAUGAAACCAAGCAUCAUGCUGUGGAGAUGUUUUUCUGCGGCAGGUACUGGGAGACUAGUCAGGAUCGAGGGAAAGAUGAACAGAGCAAAGUACAGAGAGAUCCUUGAUGAAAACCUGCUCCAGAGCGCUCAGGACCUCAGACUAGGGCGAAGGUUCACCUUCCAACAGGACAACGACCCUAAGCACACAGCCAAGACAAUGCAGGCGUGGCUUCGGGACAAGUCUCUGAAUGUCCUUGAGUGGCCCAGCCAGAGCCCGGACUUGAACCCGAUCGAAUAUCUCCGGAGAGAUCUAAGAAUAGCUGUGCAGCGACGCUCCCCAUCCAACCUGACAGAGCUUGAGAGGAUCUGCAGAGAAGAAUGGGCGAAACUCCCCAAAUACAGGUGUACCAAGCUUGUAGCGUCAUACCUAAGAAGACUCGAGGCUGUAAUCGCUGCCAAAGGUGCUUCAACAAACUACUGAGUAAAGGGUCUGAAUUCUUAUGUAAAUGUGAUAUUUGCAAACAUUUCUAAAAACUUGUUUUUGAUUUGUCAUUAUGGGGUAUUGUGUUUAGAUUAAUCAGGAAAAAACCCAAUUUAAUCAAUUUUAGAAUAAUGCUGUAACAUAACAAAAUCAAAGGAUCUAAAUACUUUCCGAAUGCACUGUAUCUAUUUAUAUUUCUGUAUCUAAGGUCAGUUUUGACACUGCAAGUAUGAGCCACUACUAUGGCUGAAAUGAUGAGAUGUUGGCAAAGACCAAGGAACAGCCCAAGGUAUUCACCUUAGAAUGAUAAGUAUGUUGGUGUAACAACAUUAUACAUUAUAACAGUUAAGUUAGCUCCUCCUUUACUGUUUUCUCCAUCCAACUAUCUUUAGGUACUAGUGGAUUCAAGCUCCUCCAUGAACGAGACAUGCUAUGAUUCAGAUGACAAAAUGACACGGUUGGAUGCAGUCAAACAGCUGUUUGAUAACUUCACAACUAGAAGCAUGGCUUACGAUUUUCAUCAUGUCAUUGGCUUGGUGAAGUUUGACUCAUCAGUUAAAAAUCUCCACACAUUUACAGAGACUCUGGAGACCUUUAAAGUAAAUAUAUUUUUCUCAUUAAGUAUAUUUUCUGAAUGCAAAAUAGUAAAGCAAUGCCAUAAAAUACAGACCUUGGUGUGCUGAGAUCAUAUACUCGUACUCCCCUCAAAUGUGAUUUGGUGGGAUUCAUGGAAUCAUUCUUUACCCUUUUUCAAGUGAGGUAAAAUCUAAUCUGGUAUGUUAUAUCAGCUAACGUGACAUCAUAUUACAUGUAAAACAAAGAACGUUGGUUAUCCCCAUUAGAUGUUUGGGAGUAUACAGAGUGUGCGUCUUUCUUAUUCAUUUUUUUAUCUAAUUGUAUGUGAACAAUUUUGGCACUUACAGGACCACAUACACAAUCUUAAGGCAAAUGGACGCACUGUGCUGUAUGAUGCCUUGAAUCAUGGCAUUUCCGAACUGGAAAAAGUUGGAAAGCAAUUUCCAGACUGCAGACUUCGCAUCAUAUGUCUCACAGAUGGGAAUGAUGUGGGGUAAAACAUUGUUAUUUAUCUUGAGACUUUAUCAGUGUGCAAAACAGUGAUUACAAUCUGUUUGUGCAUGGGAUAUCUAUAUUUGAUAUAUUUUGUUGUUUUACAUGCAAUGCAAAAACAUAAAGGAUAGUGUUCCAUUUGGGAUUGUAUUUAUUAAUCAUUGUAUUCAUAGGUCAAAGACAAAACCACAUGAUGUCACAACCAAAUUGAUGCACUCUAACAUUAUUGUUGAUGCCAUCGUUGUCGGAAAGGUUGAUAACCACGUGCUCCAUGGAAUCAGCAAUGCAACAGGUAUGAUGUCUAAGGUGAUUCUUGUUUAUAUCCCAUCCCAGUGGGCAUACAUCAUCAUAAUGAUGUCUUCUUUGUGGUAAAAAUGUGGAUGAAAGGUCAGAAUGAAUGGAUUUUUUUGUGCUAAUACUUUCUCAUUGUCAUAGUUUUUGCAUGACUCAAAAGUUUACUAAAGAAGGCCUAAGCAAGUGGAAGAGAGGCAUCAUUCCAAAUGUUUCAACUUGGCAUUUAUAAAAUAUUUGUGUCAGUGUUCGGUGUCAGUAUUCAAUAUUACAGUCAGUGGCGAAAUGUGACAGAAAUCAUUACACAUGCAAUGUUUAUCAGAAACUAGUCAAGAUGCAGGCUGUGAUAAUAUUUACAAGUAGGUACAUUUCAUCAUAAUUCUUGCCACAAAUCCUAACCAAAAAUGUGCCCCUCAACUCGAACUAACUUGCAUUCUGCUAAUAAACUACCUAACUGCCUAUUCCAAUAAUACUCCCUAUUACUACACAAGCCACAGUAGUUUUUCCCUUGACACAUUCAGACCGCAUUCAGCAACCUUUCGCCCCCAAUUUCAUUGUAAUAUUACAGUAUAAUGUAUAGUAACACAUUAAGUAUACUUUAUAAAGGGAUUAUACAACGGGUGGGUCUAAGCCUGAAUGCUGAUUUGGCUAAAACCGCAUUCCACAAUUUACCACCGGCUAAAUCUAUGACAUUAAAAUGCAUAUUUACUCUGUUCCAUCUGACUGCGCAAUCCACUGUCUCAUCAGCCCAGCCAGGCAAUUUAUUAACUUGAUCCCUACUAUAAAAAGCAUCUAGACAUUAUCUCACAUUUCUUUUAGACUAACAUUUAGUUUUCAACAGCAGAGAUUUGUAUAAACCUUGCUGUCUGUGUCUCCGACAUUUGCAACAUUGUUUCAAUAUUCAAAUUUGAUCUCCAGCUGUUCCAUAGUAAUGAACAUCUCGGGACGAGACAGAAAGGCAAGCAGCGUUUCUCAGCACACUGUUGUUCAGAGGAGCUAGCCAACAACACAGCUAACACAGUCACUUCAAAGUGAAGCUGGAAAGACUGCAAACUAGCUGCACUAAGUUUAGUUUUACCUUUUUUUCAAUUGACAUUUCUUUGUAUAUAUCCAUCAAAAUUAUGCUGAGAGGAGCCUCCCAAGUGGCACAGCGGUCUAAGGCACUGCAUCGCAGUGCUUGAGGUGGUACUACAGACCCGAGUUCGAUCCCAGGCUGUGUCACAACCGGCCAUGGCCCAGCGUCGUCCGGGUUAGGGGAUGGUUUGGCCGGGGGGGGGGGGCUUUACUUGGCUCAUCGUGCUCUAGCGACUCCUUGUGGUGGGCAGGGCGUCUACAGGCUGACUUCAGUCGUCAGUUUAACAGUGUUUCCUCGACACAUUGGUGCGGCUAGCUUCUGAUUUAAGUGGAUGGGUGCUAAGCAACGCGGUUUGGCGGGUCAUGUUUCGGGGGACACAUGACUCGACCUUCGCCUCUCCCGAGCCUGUUGGGGAGUUGCAGCGAUGAGACAAGAUUGUAAUUGAAAUUGGGAGAAAAAGGGGGUAAAAAAAUGUAAUCUAACAAAUCUGCUGAGUCUGUCUCAUCCCGACUCCUGACAAGUUCAUUACUACGGGCCAGCAGGAGAUCAAAUUUCAAUGUUGCAAAUGUCAGAGAGACAGACAGCAAGGUUUAUACAAAUCUCUGCUAUUGAAAAUUAAAUGUUAGUCUAAAAGAAAUGUGAGAUAAUGUCUAGAUGCUUUUUAUAGUGGGGAUCAAGUUGAUAGAUUGCCUGGCUGGGCUGAUGAGACAGUGUAUUGUGCAGCCAGAUGUAACAGAGUAAAUACGCAUUUUAACGUCAUAGAUCAACCGGAGGUAAAUUGUGGAAUAGACACCGGCUGGAAUGUGGUUUUAACCAAUCAGCAUUCAGGAUUAGACCCACCCGUUUUAUAAUCACUAUUUGAUUAUGUUGGUAACUCAUUGUAUAAAAGUGAUAAUGCCCUCGAAGCCAGUGUUUGGAGGUUAUAUUGGUAUUAUUGGCACGGUUUACCGGCCCUCGACUUCGUCACGGGACGAACAACACCCGUGCCAAUAUAUCCUCCAAACACCAGCUUCUCUGGCAUUAUCACUUAAUUGUAAAGGGUUUAGAAUUAGUUUGUUUUUAAACUAUGACUUAGUUUAUAGACAGCUUCUAAAUCACUUGUUAAAGAUUCUGGUCUAAAUGAUGUGAUUGUCAUUAGGAUGCAUCCUUUUACAACCAGUGUUAAUCUUUUUGAAAGCUUAAAUUGCAUUUGGAUCAAUUCAGAGGACACAUCAGACUAGACUAGUCUAUUGAAAUUUGUUGUAGCCAACUGGUGUGUUUUUGGGACUCAACAGAUGUCCUUUUUUUUCCUUCAUAAUUGCAUCAAGUAAUAACAUUGAGGCAACUAAUUCUCCUUGGUCCAUGUCUUGUAGGAGGGUGCUGUUUCAAACCAGAGACAGGUACAGCUGGUCUGAAGCUCUUUGAAAUGGAAACAGUUCUAUCUUUGGAGAUGAGGAAGCCUAAGGAAAAGAUCGACCCAUCCUCCAUUACGAGCGAGGUAGGACCUACAAAGUAAAAUCUAUUCAAACAGUAUACUAAUGUUUGUUUCCAUGUAUUUUAUAUGAAAUAAGUUAAAGGGACACUUUACCACUUUUUUACCCCAGCAUCAUACCAGUGUCUACAUACAGUUGAAGUCGGAUGUUUACACACACUUAGGUUGGAGUCAUUAAAACUCGUUUUUCAACCACUCCACAAAUUUCUUGUUAACAAACUAUAGUUUUAGCAAGUCGGUUAGGACAUCUACUUUGUGCAUGACACAAGUAAUUUUUCCAACAAUUGUUUACAGACAGAUUAUUUCACUUAUAAUUCACUGUAUCACAAUUCCAGUGGGUCAGAAGUUUACAUACACUAAGUUGACUGUGUAAUUAAACAGCUUGGAAAAUUCCAGAAAAUGAUGUGAUGGCUUUAGAAGCUUCUGAUAGGCUAAUUACCAUCAUUUGAGUCAAUUGGAGGUGUACCUGUGGAUGUAUUUCAAGGCCUACCUUCAAAUUCAGUGCCUCUUUGCUUGACAUCAUGGGAAAAUCAAAAGAAAUCAGCCAAGACCUCAGAAAAAAAUGUAGACCUCCACAAGUCUGGUUCAUCCUUGGGAGCAAUUUCUAAACACCUGAAGGUACCAUGUUCAUCUGUACAAACAAUAGUACGCAAGUAUAAACACCAUGGGACCACGCAGCCGUCAUACCGCUCAGGAAGGAGACGUGGUCUGUCUCCUAGAGAUGAACAUACUUUGGUGCGAAAAGUGCAAAUAAAUCCCAGAACAACAGCAAAGGACCUUGUGAAGAUGCUGAAGGAAACAGGUACAAAAGUAUCUAUAUCCACAGUAAAACAAGUCCUAUAUCGACACAACCUGAAAGGCCGCUCAGCAAGGAAGAAGCCACUGUUCCAAAACCGCCAUAAAAAAGCCAGACUACGGUUUGCAACUGCACAUGGGGACAAAGAUCUUACUUUUUGGAGAAUUGUCCUCUGGUCUGAUUAAACAAAAAUAGAACUGUUUGGCUAUAAUGACCAUCGUUAUGUUUGGAGGAAAAAGGGGGUGGCUUGCAAGCCGAAGAACACCAUCCCAACCGUGAAGCACGGGGGUGGCAGCAUCAUGCUGUGGGGGUGCUUUGCUGCAGGAUGGACUAGUGCACUUCACAAAAUAGAUGGCAUCAUGAGGAAGGAAAAUUAUGUGGAUAUAUUGAAGCAACAUCUCAAGACAUCAGUCAGGAAGUUAAAGCUUGGUCGCAAAUGGGUCUUCCAAAUGGACAAUGACCCCAAGCGUACUUCCAAAGUUGUGGCAAAAUGGCUUAAGGACAACAAAGUCAAGGUUUUGGAGUGGCCAUCACAAAGCCCUGACCUCAAUCCUAUAGAAAAGUUGUGGGCAGAACUGAAAAAGCGUGUGCGAGCAAGGAGGCCUACAAACCUGACUCAGUUACACCAGCUGUGUCAGGAGGAAUGGGCCAAAAUUCACCCAACUUAUUGUAGGAAGCUUGUGGAAGGCUACCAGAAACGUUUGACCUAAGUUAAACAAUUUAAAGGCAAUACUACCAAAUACUAAUUGAGUGUAUGUAAACUUCUGACCCACUGGGAAUGUGAUGAAAGAAAUAAAAGCUGAAAUAAAUAAUUCUCUCUACUAUUAUUCUGACAUUUCACAUUCUUAAAAUAAAGUGGUGAUCCUAACUGACCUAAGACAGGGAAUUUUUACUAGGAUUAAAUGUCAGGAAUUGUGAAAAACUGAGUUAAAAUUUAUUUGGCUAAGGUGUAUGUAAACUUCCGACUUCAACUGUAUGUGAAAAUGCCAUGUUUUUAUGUUCUGUAUAGAUAAGAAGAAAAGGUCCUAAUAAAAUUACUCCAGAGGAUUUUCAAAGACUACAAGUUUAUCGGUGGCACAGAGAGCAUGCAAACACCCUGCCUUUGGCUGGAAACUUAUUGUCGUUUUUUGAAAUCACAGUUAGUUUUUUCACAGGAACUUUUCUUCUUAUCUUUUUGACUACAGAAAGUAGAAACGUGCCAUACAAAGGUAUGGUGCAGGACAUAAUGAUAUAUAAGGGGGAAAAAAACUGGUGAAGUGUCCAUUUAUAAGUGAAAUUAUGAACACUGAUAUUAAACGGAUCGUAACGAAUGAUGUUAAUGUCAAGAGUUGCUGUAGGUAGGUGUGGUGUGGAAUCAGGCGCAGGACGCAGAAGUAAAGUCCAACAAAAUACUUUAGUAGAUCAUACAAAAAUAAUCCAAAACCAGCCCGGAGGCGAGAAAAGCGCGCACAGGCGUACACAAACGGGCGCACUAAACAAGUGCGUAAUCUUCUCCUAAAUACAAACAAGGAGGUAAGCUACAAAAUAGCGCACCAAAUACAGGUAGCGCAGCAACACGACAAGGAACAAUUACACACAACACCUAACUAACAACAAGGAACUAAAUAGGGUGCUUAAUGAGACAUAACACAAAACAGGUGUGACAAACAGACAAAACCAAUCAAACAAGAAACAUAGAACGGUGGCAGCUAGUACUCCGGAGACGAUGACCGCCGAAACCUGCCCGAACAAGGAGGAGGGGCCGCCUCGGCCGAAACCGUGACAGUUAAUUUGUUAUUCUUUCUUUACAGAGUGUUUUAACUACUCUCUUCGCCAAAAAUGGCUAUGAUGAGCAGCCAGAGGUCUCUCUACCAAGUGAAUUAAACAAUAAAGUCACUGUGACAGAGAUGUAAGUGAUGUUCCAUUACCAAAAUGUCAUAUUGCAUUCUGGGGUGAUUUCUGCAUGCACAGUAUCAGUACCUGUUCAAGCCCAUAGUUUUUUGGCAGUGGCUUUAGUAAAAGUCCCAAAGUAUGGAUUGUGGUCUCUCAAUCACAAAAGGUCACGAAGCAAGUACUAUAUAUAACUUUGCAAUUUAGGUAAACUACUGUAUUUCUUUAACAAAAUAAACAUCUCCCAAAAUAGUUCAUUGAAAAAGAACAUCAAGGAAUCCAAGAGCAGUCGCUUUUUGGAGAAGGACAAACGCAUUCUGGAAGAGCUGAAGAGCCUGCAUUGUGACCCACAUCCAUUCUGCACAGUUUUGCCAUUGGAGUCAGACUUCAGUAAGUAAGCAGUAUUGGGGUAUUGUUUUUAGUGUUAUUGAUUUGAUAACACUUGCUAUGAAUACACUUUUGCUUUAUAAUUACAUUCUUAAUGCUUUAUAUGCUUAGCAUAAUGCCUUAUAAUUCACGGCACAGAUGUUUAUAGACAUAACUGCCUAUACAUCUAUAACUGAAUUAAUAAAGCAUUAUGAGCAGGUAUAAUCAUUCUUUAUGAAACAAAGUGGUUCAGUGGCACAGCAAAUAAAGUGUUACAAGUAUGCCUAUAAUGCAUAAUGAUGCGAAUUCCUAGGAAAUGUUCCUAAGUAUUCAUAACCCCAAGAUAUGGUUAUGCUUACUUCACUCUAAAGUGGUAGGAACCCUGUUAGCAUGCUCUCACAAACAAUAAUAUUGUCGUUAUAAUGUCUCAAACAUUUAAUCCCUGUAUCUCAUUACAUACCUUUUCAGCAUUUUGGAAGAUUCUCAUGCAAGGCCCCCCUGAUACACCUUAUGAGAAUGGAGCCUUUGAGCUGUACUGUCAGUUUGGUGCUGAGUACCCUGUCAAACCUCCACUUGUGCGCUUUGUCACACCUGUAUCCUUUUACACAAUUAAUACAUGAAGACAGUGUAAUUUGUAUACUGUGACUGCUUACUGCUGUUACAAUGUAUUUAUUCUCAUUACCCAGGACUUCUAGAUUUUCAAAGGCGAUGGCAUUUACCUGCAUGUGAAAGUAAUUGUUUUGCUUCCACAACAUCAUAAUUAUCCCAACAUUUACAACAUUUACACUUCCUGAUUUGCAAAACAACCUAUAUUUACAUGCAAGUGCAAGAGGUUAAAUUGAGGCAGGCUAGGGAGUGGUUAGGGUUAGGGUAAGGGAUAAAUUGAGGCAUGCUAGCGAGUGAUUAAGGGUUAGGGUAAGGUUUGAAAACUAAAAAAACCUGGACACGCCUGGAUUUGAAAUGCCGCCACUCUUGGAAGAUCAGACUAAAAUGGAUCACAAAUAUAUCUCUAUUGUUAUGUUUACUGUUUGUUAAAUGCUUUCAUAUUAACUAUUAUGAAAUUAUCCUUAAUAAUGUGGACAAAGGUGUACCACUGCAACGUAAACAGUGUGGGCCGUAUCUGCCACAACAUAUUUGACCGCAACUACUCGGCUCACAUAACCAUGAGAGAGAUCUUGGAUGCUGUGUAUGGACUGCUCAUUGUCCCUGAACCUGAAGAUCCACUGGACAGGUUGACUUGAACAAUUAUUUGACACUAUACAACAGUCAUUCUAAUUAUUUCUAUGUAAUUUUAAAUCCAUCUUAGUUUCCAAAUGGUAUAUUCUAAAUAUUAUAUUGAAUAUGUUGAAUUCAUGCCUACAUUAAUAUUAUCUAAAUGAAAAUGUUUUGUAAAAGUAUUUUGGCAGAGGAAUUCCUGACCAGCAGAGAAAAAUAUGAACAAGAGGCCAAGAAAAACACGGAGGAAACUGCAGGCAAUUCAAUGGAUGAAAUGGAACAGGUGAAUGCACAUAGCUCAGCGAUUUUACAUAUUUAGAUAUGUUUCCUGACCUUAAAAGCAGUCUAGGGACAAAGAGUGUGAUGUCGAAGGAGUCUGGCGCAGGAGGGUAAUUCACAGAAUAACAGGCUUUAUUCCGCAACCACAAAGUUACGCAGUAACGCGUCAAAACAAUCCAGUGCCUCCACACGGUCAGAGCUCUGACAACAGCCAACAGCUCCCGAUCACCAACGUCGUAGUUCUGCUCCGCUUGGGUGGCGUGCCCGAGCGUUGAGAUAGGACAGCACCUAUCCCUAUCUCGGACGCAUCCACCUCCACUACGAACGGUAGUGAUGGAUCGGGAUGGGCCAGUACCGGGGCUGAGGUGAACAGACCCCUCAGGUUACUGAAGGCCCUGUCAGCCUCAGCAGACCAGCGGAGUCGGGACGGCCCACCCUUCAACAGAGAUGUGAUGGGAGCUGCGACCUUGCCAAAGUCCAGGAUAAACCUCCAAUAAUAGUUGGCAAAGCCAAUAAAGCGGUGCACCUCCUUCACCCUGGUUGGAGUCUGCCAAUUACGCAUGGCUGAAAUGCGAUCUCCCUCCAUCUCCACACCUGAGGUGGUAAUGCGGUAUCUGAGGAAGGAGACGGACUGCUGGAAAAACAGACACUUUUCUGCCUUGGCAUAAAGGUAAUGUUCCAACAGUCGGGCCAGCACUUUGCGAACCAGGGACAAAUGAUCGGCGUGCGUAGCGGAAUACACCAGAAUGUCAUCGAUGUAGACCACUACACCGAGACCCAGCAUGUCCCGAAACACCUCGUUCACAAAAGACUGGAAGACAGGUGGAGCAUUCAUCAAACCGUACGGCAUCACCAGGAAUUCGUAAUGCCCCGUGGUUGUGCUGAAUGCUGUCUUCCACUCGUCCCCCUCUCGGACACACACCAGGUUGUACGCACUCCGGAGAUAACUUUUUGUGAAGAAGCGUGCCCCAUGCAUUGACUCGAUCACAGAUGGAAUGAGGGGUAGAGGAUAACUAUAAUGUAUUGUCCCCUUGUUCAGUGCUCGGUAAUCAAUGCAAGGGCGCAGACCUCCGUCUUUCUUCUUCACAAAAAAGAAACUCGAGGAGGCGGGCGAAGUGGAGGGACGUAUGAACCUCUGGCGCAGGGAUUCGUAGACAUAUAUGGUCCUCUGUAGCUCAGCUGGUAGAGCACAGCGUUUGUGAUGCCAAGGUAGUGGGUUCGAUCCCUGGGACCACCCAUACACAAAAAAUGUAUGCACGCAUAACUGUAAGUCGCUUUGGAUAAAAGCGUCUGCUAAAUGGCAUAUUAUAGUAUAUGUCUCCAUCGCCUCCGUUUCAGCCUGCAACAGGGGAUACACAUGACUCCUGGGAGGCACAGCGUCUACCCUGAGGUUUAUCGCGCAAUCCCCCACCCGAUGAGGUGGUAAUUUGGUCGGUGGAGGUAGUGUCUGGACUUUCCAUCGUAUUUGCACCAACGGAAACACCUAGACAGCUACCCUGACACUGUCGCAACCACCCCGUGAGAACCCUCUGCGGCCAUGAAAAGGCGGGGUUGUGUAGUGCUAACCAGGGAAGACCUAACACAACAGGGAAAUCAGGAGCCUCAAUAAUAAAAAAGGUGACUUGCUCUCUAUGGGUGCUGUAACUUCCCUAACGAACCUGGACCCUAAUGGUCGACUGUCAAGUGCUCUGAUGGGGAGUGGAAUGGAUAGGGGAACCAAUGUAAUGCCUAUACUAUGUGCAAAUGACCUGUCCAUAAAGUUCCCAGCUGCGCCUGAAUCGACCAGCGCCUUACACUGGGGAACUACCAUGUAAUCAGGAAAGUGGAUGGGUAGGGUACAGUGCGCAGCAGAGGGCUCUGAACAAGUGUGGGUGUUUGAUACCUGGGGUGGCGCGAGAGUGCCCUGCCUGCCGCCUCCAGACCCAAAAGAACGCAGACGACAGUGUGCAGGAGAAUGUCCUCUCGUGCCACCAGAGUGACACUGGCGCUGUUGUUCUCCGCUCUCCCGGAUCGCCACUCGACCCAGCUCCAUCAUCUCGUGAUGCGGGUUGGGGUGGGGGGUGGAAUGGGCAGGUCCCUUCCAGGACGUCCUCUAGAAGCCAGCAGGUUGUCCAACCGGAUGGCCAUGUCCACCAGUUGAUUGAAGGACAAAAUGGUGUCCCGGCAGGCUAGGUCCCUUCGGACGUCCUCUCGUAGGUGGCACCGGAAGUGGUCGAUGAGGACCCGCUCGUUCCACCCGGGCCCAGCUGCUAUAGUACAAACUCCAGGGCGAUGUCCUCCGCGGUCCUCGUCCCCUGCCUCUAGUGGACCAGCCGCUUCGCCCGCCUCUCUACCCUCGGGCGGGUGAUCGAAGACGGCCCGAAAGAGGCGAGCGAACUCCCCGUAGUUGUCCAACGUGGCUCCUCCUUCACUCCAGACCGCGUUGGCCCACUCCAGGGCUUUCCCCAAGAGGCAGAAGAUGAGGGCGGACACCAUCUCCCGCUCCGAUGGAGCCGGGCUGAUGUUCGAUAGGUAUAACUCCAGUUGUAGGAGGAAUCCCUGGCAGAGGGCAGCUGUCAGGUCGAAAUCCCGCGGUCGGGAUAUAUGGAUCCCUCUGGAUCCUGGGGUGUGGGUGGCUGGAUCCGGUCGCUCAGCUGGUCCCAAAAGAUUGGGUCCUCUCCUCUCCAUGCGUUGGACGACCUGGAGAAUCCGAUUCAUCGCUUAUCCCAAGCUGGCUAGCAUCGUCGAAUGCUCCCGGACCCGUGCCACGACUCUGGGCAUUUGCUCCUCUCCUACUGACUCCAUGUCUUGGUGUGUGAUUCUGUGAUGAGGUGAUGUCGAAGGAGUCAGGAGCAGGAGGGUAAUUCACAGAAUAACAGGCUAUAUUCCGCAACCACAGAGUUACGUAGUAACGCGUCAAAACAUUCCAGUGCGCAAAACAGGCGCACUGGAAAAUACAAGGCACACAGGGAAAUAUCCCGGCGAUACAAAAUACAAGGAGCUCCACCGAGCUUCACUAUACUCCACAAUAAACAAUCACACACAAAGACAAGGGGGCAGAGGGACCACUUAUACAGGUACUGAUGAGGGGAUAUGAACCAGGUGUGUGUAAUAAACAAGGCAAAACAAAUGGAAUGAUGAGAUGAGGAGCGGCAGUGGCUAGAAGGCCGGUGACGACGUACGUCGAAGCCUGCCUGAACAAGGAGAGGAGGCAGCUUCGGAGGAAGCCGUGACAGUGACCGCAAUCCACACUUUGGUUUACAAUUGCUAGUAUAUCAAAACCAAUCUCCCCUGUUAAGAAUGUUAUCAAAUGUAAUGCCCAAAUCACCUCUUAAAUGUAUUGUGUCACAUGAAAUUUGAAAUGUAAACAUUUAAAACUUUUAAACCAUCCCGAGACACACACAGGCACACGCAUGCACACACACACACAAACACACACACGCAAGGCGUCAGACUAAUCCUCAUUAUCAAUAAGAAUACAAACAGUGUAAUUAUUCCCUCGGUAAGCCAAUCAAACAGGCAAAACGUCAGUACAGGGACAAAGUGGAGUCGCAAUUCAACGGCUCAGACACGAGACGUAUGUGGCAGGGUCUACAGACAAUCACAGAUUACAAAGGGAAAACCAGCCAUGUCGCAGACACCGACAUCUUGCUCCCGGACAAGCUAAACACCUUCUUCGCCCACUUUGAGGAUAACACAGUGCCACCGACGCGGUCCGCUCCCAAGGUCUGUGGGCUCUCGUUUGUCAUGGCCAACGUGAGUAAGACAUUUAAGCGUGUUAACCUUCGCAAGGCUGCCGGUCCAGACAGUAUCCCUAGCCGCGUCUUCAGAGCAUGCGCAGACCAGCUGGCUGGAGUGUUUACAGACAUAUUCAAUCUCUACCGAUCCCAGUUUGCUGUCCCCACUUGCUUCAAGAUGUCCACCAUUGUUCCUGUACCCAAGAAAGCAAAGGUAACUGAACUAAAUGACAAUAGCCCAUUGGCACUCACUUCUGUCAUCAUGAAGAGCUUUGAGAGGCUAGUUAAGGAUCAUAUAACCUUCACCUUACCUGACACCCUAGACCCACUUGAAUUUGCAUACCACCCCAACAGAUCCACAGAUGAUGAAAUCGCCAUUGCACUGCACACUGCCCUAUGCCAUCUGGACAAGAGGAAUAGCUUUGUAAGAAUGCUGUUCAUUGACUAUAGCUCAACCUUCAACACCGUAGUACCCUCCAAGCUGAUCAUUAAGCUCAGGGCCCUGGGUCGAAACCCCGCUCUGUGCAACUGGGUCCUGGACUUCCUAACGGGCCGCCCCACAGAAGGUGAAGGUAGGAAACAACACCUCCAUUACGCUGAUCCUCAACACUGGGGCCCCACAAGGAUGCGUUCUCAGCCCACUCCUGUACUCCCUGUUCACCCAUGACUGCGUGGCCACGCACACCUCCAACUCAAUCAUCAAGUUUGCAGACGACACAACAGUAGUAGGAAAGCUUCAAGUUCCUUGGCGUACACAUCACUGACAAUCUGAAAUGGUCCACCCACACAGACAGUGUGGUGAAGAAGGCGCAACAGAGCCUCUUCAACCUCAGGAGGCUGAAGAAAUUUGGCUUGGCCCCUAAGACCCUCACAAACUUUUACAGAUGCACAAUUGAGAGCAUCCUGACGGGCUGUAUCACCGCCUGGUACAGCAACUGCACCGCCCGCAACCGCAGGGUUCUCCGGAGUGUCACGCCCUGGCUCUGGGAUUCUGUUAUGUUGAGCCAGGGUGUGUGGUUUCUAUAUGUUUUGUGUGCUAGGGUGUUUAUCUAGUUCAUUUGUUUCUAUGUUGGCCGGUGUGGUUCUCAAUCAGAGGCAACGUGAAUCAGCUGUUGCUAGUUGUCUCUGAUUGGGUACCAUACUUAGGUAGCCUGUUUUGCCACAGUGUUUGUGGGAUCUUGUUCCGUGUUUGGUUAGUGUCUAUUGCCAAGGACGUCACGUAUCGUUUUGUUGUUUUGUUCGUGUGAUCAUUAAAAAUAAAAGUAUGUUCGCAUUCCAUGCUGCGCCUUGGUCCUCUGUGUUCGACGAUCGUGACAGAAGAUCCCACCAUAACUGGACCAAGCAGCGUGUCCAGGAGCCAAUGCCAGAGAGGGCUCUAAAGCAUAUCAACCUCGACUGGGUCAAGCCGCGGGAGGAGGAGAGAGGCUGGACUUGGGAGCAGAGGAGCGAGAGUCUGGCGAGAGCCAUGGAGGCCUGGCCCACGGAGAGGAGAGACGCCCAGAAUUUUUUUUGGGGGGGGCUCACGCCGUGGACGACGGGGCAGCAGGAGGCCGGGAUAGAGUGGUUCAGCGGGUUGGCAAAGGAGGCCGCCAGGUUACGGGAGUCACUGGUCACCAGGGGGAAGGAGAAUGUAGAGGCACGGUGAGAGGUACUUGGGUGUGUUGCCAGUCCGGUCCGGCCCGUUCCUGAUCCCCGCGUAGGGCCAGUGGUGUGUGUCCCCAGUACGGUCCGGCUUGUUCUUGUCCCUCGCACCGAGCCUGUGGUGCGCGUCGCCAGCCCGGUCCGGCAUGUUCCUGCCCCUCGCACCAAGCCUGUGGUGCGCGUCGUCAGCCCGGUCCGGCCUGUUCCUGCUCCCCGCACCAAGCCAGUGGUGCGCUUCGUCAGCCCGGUUCGGCCCGUCCCUGCUCCCCGCACCAAGCCUGUGGUGCGCGUCGUCAGCCCGGUCCGGCCUGUUCCUGCUCCCCGCACCAAGCCAGUGGUGCGCUUCGUCAGCCCGGUUCGGCCCGUCCCUGCUCCCCGCACCAAGCCUGUGGUGCGCGUCGUCAGCCCGGUUCGGCCCGUCCCUGCUCCCCGCACCAAGCCAGUGGUGCACUUCGUCAGCCCCAGCAGGGCCAGACCGGACCAGGGGCGCUUUGGGGGGUUUGUUGGAGGGUGGGGGUCAAGCCCGGAGCCGGAACCGCCUCCGAGGAGGAAUGCCCACCCGGCCAUCCCCUGUUCGGUUUAUGUUUGGCGCGGUCGCAGUCCGCACCUUUGGGGGGGGGGGUACUGUCACGCCCUGGCUCUGGGACUCUGUUAUGUUGAGCCAGGGUGUGUGGUUUCUAUGUGUUUUGUGUGCUAGGGUGUUUAUCUAGUUCAUUUGUUUCUAUGUUGGCCGGUGUGGUUCUCAAUCAGAGGCAACGUGAAUCAGCUGUUGCUUAGGUAGCCUGUUUUGCCACACUGUUUGUGGGAUCUUGUUCCGUGUUUGGUUAGUGUCUAUUGCCAAGGACGUCACGUAUCGUUUUGUUGUUUUGUUCGUGUGAUCAUUAAAAAUAAAAGUAUGUUCGCAUUCCACGCUGCGCCUUGGUCCUCUGUGUUCGACGAUCGUGACACAGAGGGUGGUGCGGUCUGCCCAACGCAUCACCGGGGACACACUGCCUGCCCUCUAGGACACCUACAGCACCCGAUGUCACAGGAAGGCCAAACAGAUCAUCAAGGACAUCAACUACCCAAGCCACAGCCUGUUCACCCCACUAUCAUCCAGAAGGUGAGGUCAGUACAGGUGCAUCAAAGCUGGGACUGAGAGACUGAAAAACAGCUUCUAUCUCAAGGCCAUCAGACUGUUAAAUAGCCACCCGGUUACGCAACCCUGCACCUUAGGGAAUCACUGGUCACUUUAAAUGGAACACUAGUCACUUUAAUAAUGUUUACAUACUGUUUACUAAUUUCCUAUGUACAGUCGUGGUCAAAAUUUUUGAGAAUGACACAAAUACUAAUUUUCACAAAAUCUGCUGCCUCAGUUUUGAUGAUGGCAAUUUGCAUAUACUCCAGAAUGUCAUGAAGAGUGAUCAGAUGAAUUGCAAUUAAUUGCAAAGUCCCUCUUUGCCAUGAAAAUGAACUUAAUCGCCCAAAAAUAUUUCCACUGCAUUUCAGCCCUGCCACAAAAGAACCAGCUGCCAUCAUGUCAGUGAUUCUCUCGUUAACACAGGUGAGAGUGUUGACGAGGACAAGGCUGGAGAUCACUCUGUCAUGCUGAUUGAGUUAGAAUAACAGACUGUAAGCUUUAAAAGGAGGGUGGUGCUUGAAAUCAUUGUUCUUCCUCUGUUAACCAUGGUUACCUGCAAGGAAACACGUGCCGUCAUCAUUGCUCAAAAAUAGCUUCACAGGCAAGGAUAUUGCUGCUAGUAAGAUUGGACCUAAAUCAACCAUUUAUCGGAUCAUCAAGAACUUCAAGCAGAGAGGUUCAAUUCUUGUGAAGAAGGCAUCAGGGCGCCCAAGAAAGUCCAGCAAGCACCAGGACCGUCUCAUAAAGUUGAUUCACCUGCGGGAUCGGGGCACCACCAGUGCAGAGCUUGCUCAGGAAUGGCAGCAGGCAGGUGUGAGUGCAUCUGCACGCACAGUGAGGCGAAUACUUUUGGAGGAUGGCCUGGUAUCAAGAAGGGCAGCAAAGAAGCCACUUCUCUCCAGGAAAAACAUCAGGGACAGACUGAUGUUCUGCAAAAGGUACAGGGAUUGGACUGCUGAGGAUUGGGGUAAAGUCAUUUUCUCUGAUGAAUCCCCUUUCCGAUUGUUUGGGGCAUCCGGAAAACACCUUGUCCGGAGAAGACAAGGUGAGCGCUACCAUCAGUCCUGUGUCAUGCCAACAGUAAAGCAUCCUGAGACCAUUCAUGUGUGGGGUUGCUUCUCAGCCAAGGGAGUGGGCUCACUCACAAUUUUGCCUAAGAACACAUCCAUGAAUAAAGAAUGGUACCAACACAUCCUCCGAGAGCAACUUCUCCCAACCAUCCAAGAACAGAUUGGUGACGACCAAUGCCUUUUCCAGCAUGAUGGAGCACCUUGCCAUACGGCAAAAAUGAUAACUAAGUGGCUCGGGGAACAAAACAUCGACAUUUUGGGUCCAUGGCCAGGAAACUCCCCAGACCUUAAUCCCAUUGAGAACUUGUGUUCGAUCCUCAAGAGGCGGGUGGACAAACAAAAACCCACAAAUUCUGACAAACUCCAAGCAUUGAUUAUGCAAGAAUGGGCUGCCAUCAGUCAGGAUGUGGCCCAGAAGUUAAUUGACAGCAUGCCAGGGCAGAUUGCAGAGGUCUUGAAAAAGAAGGGUCAACACUGCAAAUAUUGAUUAUUUGCAUAAACUUAAUGUAAUUGUCAAUAAAAGCCUUUGACACUUAUGGAAUGCUUGUAAUUAUACCAUAGUAACAUCUGACAAAAAUAUAUCAUAACACUGAAGCAACAAACUUUGUGAAGACCAAUACUUGUGUCAUUCUCAAAACCUUUGACCACGACUGUAUAUACCGUAUUCUACUGUACUAUAGCCACUCAGACAUGGCUCGUCCUAAUAUUGAUAUAUUUCUUAAUUCCAUUAUUUUACUUUUUAAUGUGUAUGUAUUGUUUUGAAUUGUUACAUACUACUGCACUGUUGGUGCUAGGAACACAAGCAUUUCGCUACACCCGCAAUAACAUCUGCUAAAUAUGUGUAUGUGACAAAUAAAAUGUGAUUUGAUUGGAAUAAAAUGCUUAAACACCAUACCACUGUUGUAUGUAGUAUACUACUGUGUAUAAAUUAUAAAUAGCACAAUUCCUUGGUUUCUAUGUUUGUCCGAUUCUACAUUUGUUUGAACACAAAUACUUUUGUUUAACAGCAUACAUGGUAAGAUAAUCCUUUAUUUUUUACUUACAGAAAUUGGUGGGUGAAGAGUUGAGUAAGAAGUUCACACCCUCACAUCUAGUUUGUUCACUAACCAAGAAGAUGUUCAUUGAUCCAGUGAAAAACAAGGAUGGAACAGUUUAUGAGCGAAAGGCCAUUGAGAAACAUCUACAAAUGUAAGUGUGUUGCUGGAUUCUGAAUAUUGGUUUGAAUUAUACAUUAAUGUACUACUACUAAUAGUGCACUCAAAUUAUUACAACAACUAAAUCUAUGGUCAUUCAGUAGUGACAUAAUCAAUUGUUUGUCAUUCCUUACGUGCAGAACUGUAGAACUGAAGCAACACAUUGACAGCAACAAUGCAAUAAUUGAUUGCCUGAUUGAGUUUUUUCUCUAAAAAUUCUCCAAACAAGAAGUGUAAACAAGUAUAAACAGUCCUUUGCUGGAAUCUUGUGUGGUCCAUUAUGUCUGUAAACAUUACAAUGAAAUAGCUAAAUUAAUGAAUUAAUUGACCCCAUUUUUAUGAGAAUGGUCUACACUCUUACCCUUUUACAGGCAAAGGACUGAUCCAAAAACAAAGAAACUUCUAAGACGAACUGACCUCAAGUCAGACAGAACCAUGCAGAGAAUGGUGAGGGAGCAUCGCAAAAAGGAAUAUCUGGAGACAAGUGUUUGAAAACACAACAUGGCAGACAAAAUGUAUGUCUUCCUGUCAUAUGCAUUUUUGAGAGAAACAUGAUGAUGGUGAGGGAAGUGUUACCCAUUGGGUUACUGAAUGGUAUGAGAUUUUCUAGAGGGCCUUCAUCUUUGCGGGGGUUGUAUCUACGCACUUCAUGGGCAACUAGCUAAGAUGUAUAUUAUGGUAAUUUCCCGUUAAACUUGGUUAUUAAUCAGUAGCAUUUUUUAAAUGUUAAAAUGAGUUGUGUAUCACAGUUGUCAUUAGACUAUUGUGAUAAUCAGAUAUCUAGGAGAUUCCCAAUAUCUUGAUAUAGUGAUGUGGGUUACUUUGAAAUAUGCUGUUAUGCAAAUUCAAUGAUGUGUGAGAUAAGUCGAUUAGUCUAUUUUGGACCACCAGGCUGCUAAUGUCAUGCAGCCUGUAGUUUUUGUGUUUAUACUUUUUCAUAACACAACAACAAGUUUGAUGUCGGACGACAAUAGAAUGUUCAUGAUGUCAUUGCGACAACGCCCAAUAGACGUAGUGUAAACCAGCCUUCAGUCUUGAAAUCUUUGGUUGUUUAGGACAUGGCCUCAUGUGAAUCCUUAAAGAGAUUUGUGGGGCUAAGGCUUAAGAGGGUGUGAAUGAUGCUGAAUGGGUGUAGACAAAGAAGAGCUCUCCAGUAGGUUUACCAAAACAUUCAAGGGCCAUUUUCUCAAAAGUGAGGUUACAAGUUUAUAGACUUUCAAAGCAGAAUUACUUUCCUAUUGUUCCUCAACUAUAGUGUAUGAUAUACCAUUUUCUAGCUGAGUCUCUACUUUUAUCCAAUGUAAAAAACACAAUUCAACAUUUUGCUACAUAAGACCGAAUUGAGCUGGUCGGUCAGAUAUAGUAAUUCAUUUAAAAGUAAAAAAAAUUAUGUAAGCAAUUGCAGAUUGCCCUUUUAAAGAAUUAUAUGAUAUCAAUUUUAAAAAGAUAAGAAUAAACAUUGGUUAUGAUCCUAUUGUUGAAGUAUUUCUUGACUUUUUUCACACCAUUUGUUGUAUCUAUUUUGAAUAUUCAUUUAUAAUUAGCCUUAGUGUUUUUCUUUCGUGAUGAAUCCACCCUUGUCGGGUCAACACCACCUACACACAACUCACCAGGCCAGAGCCAGGACUCCCAAAGAGGGUGGGACUCCCAAACUGAUGCAAGUCUGAUGCAAGUCUACGCAACUGUUUAGUAUGUGUAAUGGUGGUGAGAAUGUUUUUGUUCCCAGUGCUAAAACAUGUACACAAGCGCACGCACACACACUGGCAGAAAUAACUGUCAUUCUCAAAUAGAGUAAAGCAAAUACAUUAGUAGUAAAUAUAGCAAUUAUAUUGUCUUUCAUUUUUUCAAACAAGGUCAAACUAGAAUGUUCUUGUCUCUUCAAUUGAAUUGAAACGACAAAAUAUGUAAUAUCAUAUCCAUCACAUUCUGAUGAACUGAUCUGCAUAACCGUAAUACAAAUAGGCGGUUAGCGCACAGUGUUUGCUCUCUGAUAUAAUCUACUGCACGUGCUGUGGGCUCAGGCUACCGUUAUUGUUAUAGAAAUUCAUGAGGCUUUUUAGAGCUCUGCUGCAAACCUCGGUCGUGGUGCAGAUCUGUCAAUAUAGUAUUUCCCUGAAUAAAUAAUAUAACAUAGCUUUUUCAUAACAGCGCACUUCUAUUGAGAACGAAACAUUAGCGAAAUAAAAUCCAUUACAAUUUUUGGAAGCAUCGUGAUCACCAGUAUGCUGGGGGUUUUCUUUCAAUUAAAUAACAGCCAACCAUUCAUUCUUGUCGGAGAGGUGGUGCAGGUGGGUCAGAGAGAGAAAGGAAGGGAAGGUGAGAAACAGAGAGAGAUAGAGUGGAAGGAGUGUGCAUUUCAGAGCUGAGAGCUUUAAUAUGAUGAGUAGUCUAGCUGGCUGCUAGGCCAUUAACAGAGAGAGAGAGCUAGAAAGUGAGAGAGAGGGGAUGAGAGGGAGAAGAAGAGAGAGAGCAGCAUCUCUGUGUUAAUAAAAGAGGCCUUUGCAGGAGACUGAUUAGAAAUAUAAUUUCCUGACUCUAGCUUUUUUUUUCUCAUUAAAUUGGGCGAUGUAGGCCUGGGAUAUAUAUAAUAACCUGGAGAGGGGUAUACAAUAACAGAGGGGUGAUAGACAGAGAGUGAAUUCUCACUCACUCACACACACAGGCGCAUCCAUGUACAUGCACACGCACGGAGUUCCUUGCAUGCACACACAUACACACACACACACACACACACACACACUGAGUGCAGUGACAAACGCUAGCUAAAACCUGAUGGCGGGCGUGUGGCGCAGGCGCUUUAAUCAAAUUCUACCCUCGCCGCUGUGAUUUGUUUCCACGGUAGUUUAAUCUCGCCUGUCUCUUCUGUCCCUCAAAUAAAACCCAGGCAUAAAUAAACCAGCAGCUUUACUGUGGGACCAGCCAGGCACACGAACACGCACUCUAUUUUCUAACGCCAUGGCCGUGACCUACUUACUGUACAGUCAGUUAAUACAUGAUUAUUGUUAUCUACCAUUACUAUUACUAGAAGGAUCAUUACUAUUAGCAGGACUAAUUAACUGUUAUAUUACAUAAUUAUUGGCAUUACUAAUUACUAUUUUUAACAGUCCACAUAAUUAUAAUUAUUAAUUUGUCUUAAUAGCAUUUGGUAAUAAUAUUAAUAUUACUGCUAGCUACCACUACUACAAAUGUCCUACUAAAAAUAUUGUUGUAUGUAGAGUUUCUCAUAUACUGUAAAUGUAUGCAUAUAUUCUAAAUACACAUUUAUCUUGAUGGCAUUAUUAUCAUGAGUUAGCAAGGCCAUUCUGGGAUGAAGCAGGCAGUAUUUCCCUGCAGAGUGAGAGAUGGCCUGAUAAGUAGAAGUAAUAAAUAGCCCAAUCCAGCCAUGAACAGUAUUUUUUUUUUCUCUCUCUCUCUCUCUCUCUCUCUCUCUCUCUCUCUCUCUCCUCUCUCUCUCUCUCUCUCUCUCUCUCUCUCUCUGCAGCCCCUGUGGCCAAAAAGGCAUCUGCUGCUCAUGCUGAUGUCAUCUGGAGAUAAUAACCAGGCCCAGCGUGGCACCAGACCACAGCCAGCUCUACGCCUCCCUCCUCUCUGCCAUGCGUCGGCUUACUGGGAGAAGAUCUGGCAACGCGAUGCUGAGGAGGAUAGCAACUCAUGCACUACUGCAGUCAGCCCCAUAGCCGCAGGGUUGUGGGAGCAGCAGUGAGGGACCGCAAUGAGGGGUUACUGGGAUCUGGCAACCUUCGGAUGGAGAGUUUCAAGGAUCUGGCAACCUCGGGGGUCUGCGGUAGAGAUUGCACCCCCUGCAGGAAGCCCCAUAGCUGAAGGGGGUUAGGACCCAGCGAGGGCGGAUCUGCAGCGCACUGCUGGGAUCUGGCAACCCGCAGCUAUGGUGAAAUACAAGUGCAACAACUCAACAGUCGCCACACUUCUGUCUGAAAUACUAAAAUAAUUGGAGAACCUUGUCUCCAGUGUGUGUGCGUGUGUGUGGGAGGUAUUUGGUUGGCAUGGCUAAUCGAGGCUAACAAUUUUACUCCCCUUAUCCUUGUCCUAGAAGGCUUCAUCCAGCCCUACUACCACCUGCCUUACCAAAGCUUUUCUCCCACAACCCACCAGGGACUCCAACCCCCACCCUCCAAACCCCCACCACAUUACCACAGAGUGGCCACUCUCACCCUAAUCCACCUCCCCUGCCUCCUCCUCAGUGGUUUGUAGGAAAUCUAUGGCUGUGUCCCAAAUGUUUCGCUGUUUAGUGCACUACUUUUGACCAGAACUAUAUAGGGAGUAGGGUGCCAUUUGGGACGCACAGGCAAUGUGUUCACUUUCCUAGAGUGGUUAAGAGCACCAGCAACAUGGAAUUGGAAGGUAACUAACUCGACACUCCUGCCAUUUCCUAAAGGGUUUCUAAAAUGGGUGUGAGUGGGAGAAUUGAGUUACUUUGGGUGGGUAAGAUGGUUCAGGCCUGGUCUCGCCGCCCACCUGCGCUGCGAUCCAUUACAAUGGCUAUUAAAGCUCCUGCUAACACGUGUCAAUCUCUCCAUUUGGACACUGAGUGGGAGGACUAUUAAAUGGCUGGAUGGGCUCCUGCUUUCUACCUCUCAGUCUGUCUGUUUCUCUCUCUUUCUGUGUGUCUGUCUCCUCCUCCUCUCUGCCAGUCUCUCUCUCUCUCUCAGUAACUGUCUCCUGUCUGCGAGCAUCAACUCCUCGGCUGACACUGAUGCCUGCCUGCCUGCCUCUCUCUCGCACUCCAUCUCAGUGAAGAGGAAAGAACGAAGCAGGGUAGAUGGAGAAAUCAAAUUGUCUUCCGUCUAAUUCCCUCUGACAUCCAAUUCGGCCUGCUUUUCUUUCUCCCCAUCCUGGAGGGAUGAGAGAGGGAGGAGGAGGGAAGAGGAGGAGGGGGUGGGCUGUGGUGGUAACCUGAGGAGGAGGGGGUGGGCUGUGGUGGUAACCUGAGGAGGAGGGGGUGGGCUGUGGUGGUAACCUGAGGAGGAGGGGGUGGGCUGUGGUGGUAACCUGAGGAGGAGGGAUGUGUGUGUGUGUCUGGGUGUGUCUGUGGGUGCGUGUGCCUGUGUGUUUGUGUGUGUGUGGUGGGAGGGGGGUCAGUUGGCUGUGGGCAGAUAUUCAGAAUCCCAACUGUCAGAUGGAUCGCAGAUCAACCAAGGGCUGAAGGCUCCCCUCAAGUCAACACACACACUUCUUCAAGGAUAGACUGACCAAUACGCUUUCUUUCAAAAUAACGUUUUCUUUCAUGUAACAACCACGCAUGAAAUAAAUACCAUUGAAAGCAAAUUAAGGGGGCAAUUUAGAUUCAUUUGAAUAAUCUACAUACAUUUACAUAAAUUGCAAUCAAUUGCCGUAACCAAAUAUCCCAAACACUGUGACCGACCUAAGUAAUACCCACCAAAAGAAGCAGUAUCAAGAGACUGAAGCUCAUCGCUAUCCAGGGAUUGCUUGAGAGGAAAUGAUGUCAUAAUUAAAAGGUAUUGAUAUUUUCUUUCAGGGUCUCAGCAGUGCUCAGCAG